UGCUUACUUUGUUUUGUGUCCUAUACUGUCUUUUAUUUUACCACUGCUAGCUAGUUAGAUUUUGUGCAAAACAAAUCUCCCAAACAAACUUUCCAUUUCCAUUCUAUAGAGUCUGAAAAAUGGGUAGGUCACCUUGUUGUGAGAAAGUUGGAUUGAAGAAAGGACCAUGGACUCCUGAGGAAGACCAAAAACUCAUUGCUUACAUUGAAGAAUUUGGUCAUGGAAGCUGGCGUGCAUUACCUGCCAAAGCUGGGCUACAAAGAUGUGGAAAGAGCUGUAGACUAAGAUGGACUAACUACCUCCGACCUGACAUAAAAAGAGGAAAGUUUAGUUUGCAGGAAGAGCAAACCAUUAUUCAACUUCAUGCCCUUCUUGGAAACAGAUGGUCUGCAAUAGCAGCUCAACUUCCAAGAAGAACAGACAACGAGAUCAAGAACUAUUGGAACACACACCUCAAAAAGAGGUUAACAAGAAUGGGAAUAGACCCUACAACUCACAAACCAAAAACAGAUCACACAUCAGCUGGAAGUUCCACUUGCAAUCAGUACUCCAAAGACUCAGCUAACCUCAGCCACAUGGCUCAAUGGGAAAGUGCUCGUUUAGAAGCUGAAGCAAGACUUGUUAGAGAAACCAACAAAUUGAAAGUUCAAAAACAACUCGAAUUCGAAUCCUCCAGACCACAAGCAAGACUAUUUCUCAACAAAAUCACACCACUUCAACAACCUUCACUUCCACCUUGUCUUGAUAUCCUUAAAGCAUGGCAGAGUUCAUGGUCCAAACCAACAACAACAACAACAACAAAAGAUGAAACAAACAACAAAGUGCAUAGCAUGUAUGCUAUGAUGUUAUCUAAUGAUGAAAAUCUUGAAUCUCCAACAUCCACUUUAAACUUCCCUGGAACAACUCUACUUCCUCUGCCUCUUCCUCUGUCUCUUCCUGUUUCUGUUCCUAUGACCAACAACAUUAAUGUUGUAGCAUUCAAUCAAAAUUUACUUCCUUUAACUGAUCAAAGCACCAAUAAUGAUGAUGAGAUAUGGAAACAAUUCAAUUUAACCAAACAGAACACAACAGAAACUCAUGAUGAUCAUGACAAUGUCAAUAACAACAACAUGUUGAACUUUCAGCAAGAUGAUGAUAUAAUGGCGGCUGUGGAAGCAUUUAGAUCAUGUGGUGGAUUUGACAAUAAUAUUAACACCCCUCCAAUUUCAACAAAUGUUCUUCAUGAAAAUUUGGAUGGAAGCAUGAUGUGUAACGUGAAUCUUGAAGAGAAUAAGCAUUAUUGGAAUAGUAUACUUGGUUUGGUUAAUGAAUCUGAUGACAUAAACAUUAAUGUCCAAUGAUAAAGUUAUCAUUAUUAUUAUAGAUUAUAGAGUAGUAGGGAGUAACUAGGUAGCUAGCUAGCUAGCUAAUAUUAGCUGUUUGGCUAUAUGACUUAAUUAGGCUACUUCGAUGAGUUGAUAAUGUCUGCUUCAUUAUUGAGACCAAAAAUCAUUCCCUGUUAGUUGUCUUACUGUUAUGUUACC